UAAGCGAAGCCUGUGAAUUCAUUUUACCAAACCAACUUGGAUGGAGGCCGCCAACACCAGUCAUAAGCCCAGCAGUCAUUUAGUCCGUUUUAAGUCACCAAGCGAGUCGGUCUGUCUGCAAACACACAAUCUACCUUCUGUCUGUUUUAUACCACAAACCUUACAACAUUUAAUUUGUGAGAUCGUCAAUCUUUUUUAGUUUUACCGAAGACCAUCUAUCCAACCUUAACUUGAAGUAUACUCGUAUGUAUCUUCGUUACAACACGAAAAACGCUCGUAAAGUUGUGCUUAUGAAUACUCGCAUAGUAUGUACAUACCUAUGUUUAUUGAUAUAGUAGAGUCAGUUCAAUUUCUUCAGAAAUAAAGUGAGAGUUUUGUGCAAAAGUUUCGCCACUGUUAAUAAGCUUCGUUGCUUUAUUUUCAACUCGCACUGCGAAUACCCCUCGUGCUAUUGCUCGUACAGAUUCAAACGUCUUCUUUUGAGACUAGGAGAAGUUAGUGAAAAAAUUAUACCUAUUACCUGAAUCUUAGAAGUUAUAAGUCUUUUUAAAAAGGGAAAUCGAAACUCAAUCAAAAGCGUGUAAAGUGAGAAAAUAAUUCAUAUUAAUAUUUGGGAAUUCUUUUGAAAAGUGAAUUUAAAAAGUUGAAAUAAUUGUCAUCGGAAUCAACGUUACAAAGAGUAAAAGUUGUGGAUAUCAUUUAUUUACUUUUCUCCUACUUAUAAGGAAACCUAAGAUUUAUUGAAGUUAUUUUUGAAUAAUCGAGAUUAUUGGAUUUUUAAUCGACAAAUGCAACAAAAUGCGUAGUCAAUAUAUUUGGAACAAUAAAUAUCAUAUAAUAUAUGUAUUAAUAAUUGCGGCAACUUUAAACAAAAUUAAUGCCAAAAAACCAGAAGAACUUACAUCAUGCCAACAUCUUCAAAAGGCAGAAACUCGACGUGCCAGAGCCCUUAGUCCCCUAAACAAGACAGUACGUGUACCACGUUGUACAAAAUUAGGCGAAUUCGAGCCAAUUCAAUGUACCAAUGAUGAACUUGGUACAAAUUGCUGGUGUGUCGAUGAGUAUGGCUUUGAAAUUCCCGGAACUCGUAAUCAGACGCGUCAAUCUGUUCAGUGUGCCGAGCCUAAGAACUGUUCAGUUUCCAACUGCCGCAUGUUCUGUGAAUCGGGUUUUGAACGUGAUGCAAGAAGCGGUUGCUCCGUAUGUCGCUGUCGAAAUCCCUGCGAUGGCUUAGAAUGUCCCAACGGUGAGGUGUGCCAAAUCCAAGAAGUUAAGUGCAAAAACGAACCUUGUCCGCCGAUUCCAACGUGCAAAAAGGGGCGAUCAAUUGAAAAUUACUGCCCCGCUGGAUUUCCCUUAUCGAUUGAAGGUAGUGUCAGACCAUUUCUGUGUGGCCUUGAACCCGGGAAACCAGUCUGUCCGCCAAUGUACAAGUGUAUUGUCGAAUCGGGAAAUGACUAUGGAGUGUGCUGCCCCAAUCAUUCUCUAAAUUUCAAAAAACCUGGAACGUGUCCGGCGGAUGAUUCAUCGCCUUACACAGAAAAAACUGGAUACAUGUGCGGAACGCCUUGCUCGCACGACUUGGAGUGCAAGCAAAUGGAGAAGUGUUGUCACACUAAGGGGUGCAAAAUGAGCUGCCAGCAACCCGUAAACAUUACCAAUUGCCAUCAAUUAAAGGUGCUUGCCGAUUUGAUGACUGUUAAUGAACGUGAAGGAAGAGGCUACGUGCCUGAUUGCAAUGGACCUGGGGGAACGUUUUCUCCCAAGCAAUGUUCUCGAAAUGGUUUGGUUUGUUGGUGUGUCGAUCCUCGUACUGGAAAUAAACUGAAAGGAACUAUGGGUGCUGCUUCGAAGGUCAACUGUGAUGGCUGGGAGAAUAUUAUAAGCCGUUCCUUUGGAAGAAGUUUCAGUUCAAACGAUUGUGAUUAUAACAUUUGUGCAGCAGUGUGCGAGUACGGAUUCAAGAAUGACCACAACGGUUGCCCAACUUGUGAAUGCUCUGAGCCAUGUGAAGGUUUCAAAUGCCCGGGCGGAUCUCAUUGCGAAGUGGCUACAGAUCCCCUGUGCGAGUCAGGAUCUGCCUUGUGCUCUUCGUGGCCGGUUUGUAAGCCAGAUUUCGUGUAUUCGAAUCCUUGUGAAGUGGAUAGUCCACUGCAGGAUAAUGUAACCGGGGAAAUUUUCUACUGCAGCGAAGAACGCCAGUCACGUGCCCUAGAACCCGUGCUUUUCUACGAUGAUGAGCCUUUAGUUUCAGAAACUCGUUCGAUUAGUAAUCGAAUUGUCUGCCCCGUAGAAUAUAAAUGUACGAAACUCCAUGGACAAAGUCAACAUGUUUGUUGCCCAGACCCAUUCCUAAGACCACCAGAGAUUGGCGCAGAAAUUGAACCAAGGCAGCAGACAAUGUGUGAAUAUCUUAGGGAUUUUUCCAAACGCAUGGAAGGAACAGAAAAGGGGAUGCAAUUAGCAAUUGCUCCUCCAGUCUGCACCAACGAGGGCAAUUUCCGAGAACGUCAGUGUGCGCUACGAAAAGUUAUGGUAACCCGUUCUGAACAUCGUAAGAUUCUGGAAGAGAAUACUAUACGGAAGAUGAGAAUGCUUCUUGAAGGUAGAUCAAAACGAGACGUAGAAAGCUUGAAGCUGUAUCGGGUAGACGACAGUCUCUUAAAUGUUCAAGUUGCAUCCGAACCUUCUUCGGCAGUUAGUGGGAGAAGUGCUAAGUUAAUUGAAUCGUCGGAUGAAAACGAUUUGUUUCCCCAGCUUUUUAAGGCAAAUACUCGAAAGGGCUCUUCAAGCCGGUCGAAGGCAAAAGAAAGUGAGGACAUAUUGAUCCCCAUUGAAGUCGAAGAAUGCUGGUGCGUAGAUGGUUUUGGCACAGAGAUACCCGACUCUAGAGGGCCAAAUGUAACUGACGAAUAUUGCAUUAAUUUGCGUGAAUCCAUUGAUUGUCUUGAAUUGACUUGUCGCAUGGGAUGUGACUAUGGAUUUGAUUUGGAUCCAACCACUAAGUGCCCAGCAUGCCACUGUCGUGACCCAUGCGAUGGUAUUUCCUGUACAGAUGACACGGAGUGCCGUAUAAUUGAUGUGUCAUGUGACGAUGAAUAUUGUCCACCGGUGCCAGCCUGUUUGCCAAGGAAACCCGGCCAGUGCCCGUUCCUAGUGCCCCCAGGUUCGGAUCGGCAAACUGAUGGAAAUUAUUGUUCCUACGAAUGCCGGACGGAUUCCCAGUGUGAUGGUUCCAGACGUUGCUGUUCAAACGGUUGUGGCACUCAGUGUGUGGAGCCUCAAAUGAAAACAGCCUGCCAACACUUGCAUGCCAUUCAAAUGCAUCAAUUCUCUGAAAUUGGUAUUCCGGCCAAGCAAAUGCAUGUGGCGAUGUGUGAUGAGCAGACUGGCAAAUGGAAGGAGAUUCAAUGCGGCCCAGAAAACAUUUGUUGGUGUGUAGACGAAAUCGGUCAAGAAAUAGGUGGUACCCGUUCGAAGAAUUCCACUCCUAUCUGUAAACCUAAUUCCGCAUUUAAAUGUCCAUCUGUUGAGUGCCCACCUUGUGAGUACGGACACAAAGUUGACGAGAACGGUUGCAUUGUUUGCCAAUGCCGAGAUUUAUGUGAAGAAAUCACAUGUUCAUCGAAUGAAGCUUGUGAGCUCAUCAAUGUAGAGUGCGUUGACCGUCCAUGUCCGAAGAUGCCUAUAUGCGUUCCUCUACGCGACUCAGUGUGCCCUGAGGGAAGUCCACUAAAGCAAAACAAUGUUGAGUUGAGUUGUGGGCCGCACAACGAGAACGAUGUUUGUCCGAGCACUCACACCUGCCAAUUGAACCCUGUUUCUCACAGAGGAGUUUGCUGUUCGAAAACAAGAGAUGUCUGCUUUGAGUCUAUAGACAGUACUUGUAAGGCUACAGAGAAGAGUUUAAGCAAUGUAACUUACUACAGGUUCAAUCCGAAGGCCAACAAGUGUGUACCAAUAUUGCUUGAUAUGAGCCAGACAAGCUGCCAAACGAAAAACAUAUUCCGGAAUGAACAGGCUUGUGUUUCUGUCUGUCCAGUGCUCACUCCAUGUGAAAGACUUAAAUUAAAGAACAACUUGGCCGCUAAACGAGCAAGACAAGCUGUCUGGUUUGAACCGAGAUGUGAUCCUAUCACGGGUCAUUGGAGUCCCGUGCAAUGCCUUGGCAAUCAAAUGUUGGAAGAACCACCUGUUUAUAUUCAGGGAACCAACUCUCUUUCUGAUCCAAAGAAAAACACAAAAUCCUCUCCAGGAAGCUAUGGAGUAUGUUGGUGUGCUGAUAAGAAGGGAGCUCCACUAAAAGGAACACUCACACGAGACUUGGAGCCUAUCUGUAACAGUCGGCAAGCCCGAAGGCAAUCACACACUUCAAUGAACGACCCACUGAUGGAGCACCUUAUCGAACGCAUGACCAUGCUAGUGACCGAAGAAAUCGUAAAAGCCGAGGAAACCGACGACGAAGAUGAGGAUGAAGAUGAUUUCACUUACCCCGUUGAAACAAUUGCACGUUCCAGUCUUUCAGCAUCAGGAUCAGACAACGUUUACGAAUCAGUUAACUCAAUAAUGGACUCGAAGCUUUCAGUGGAAAACAUGCCCAAGCUAACUGACACUACAAGAUGCUUUGGCAUUGCAAAGACAGCUUCAUUCCCAGUUGAGUGUGAUGAGAAGGGUUCAUUCCUCCCAACUCAAUGCAACAGAAACAAAUGUUGGUGUGUUGAUGAAGCUGGCAAUCAGAUUCCUCAGACUUCGACCUUCCAGAGGGGAACUCGGAAAUGUAUGUUCACUGCCAUAGAAUCGGUUGCUAUCGAGAUUUUCCUUCACAAUGUUUCGUCGACGUCCGUGAAGAACUUCUACGACAUCGUCAAAAUGGAACUACACCAAUACAUUGGUGACCCAAUCAAUUUGCGAGUUCAGGAGAACAUAGAUGGCACAGCAAUCGUUAGUUUUGAAUUACAUGAUGCCGAUAAGAUUAACAAAGCAUAUCUAAUCGAAAAUGCCAUAGAAAACAAGAAGCUAUUCCUGGGCAGAGGACACUAUGAGCCAGAUAUUACACUCUCCAAGUUCGUGCAUAGAAAUCAUCAAAUUCCUGUCGCCCAAACGUUCACCUCACCAGAGAGUACGAUUCAGGUAGCAGUGUUUAUAUUAGCCACUUCCUCAGCAUUCCUAGUGAGCUUAUUUGUAGUGUACGUUAUGUUGAAACGUGGUCGACAUGAUAAGUACAGACAAGGCAACUACUCCCUUGAAACAGAUAGCGAUAGCUUCAACAGCGAGAGGAAGAUUGAUUUUGGAGCUCCGAUCUUUGUGCUGAGUGUUGAGGAUAGUAAAGAUACCAAAUAAGCUUCACCAUUUCAAAAAUAUGUCCUUUUCGGCGUGAUGUACAUAACCUUUAUGUAAUUUUCUAAUACAUAUAAUAUUUUUCAUACUAUAUCCGUAUGCAUGUAGUUCUUAAACAUAAAUAAUUUAAAGCAGAAAAUGUAUGUUCAUUUUUGAAAUUUAACUUUUCGACGUUAAAAUAAAAUUGUGAUUACCUAUCGUAAUUAUUUCCGAAAUUUUUGUUACGGCAAAUCUAAUGCAUUACUUUCAUAAGCUGUUAAUGUAUAUUGUUUUUCAUUAUUUUUUUGUUUUGCUUGUUAAUAAAUUUGUGUAAAUAAAAUAAUUA